UAGUAGGACAAAAAACCUUCGGUCUGUUGAAGAAAUAGAGGGAUCACGCAUCCACUCAGAUCCACAGAUUAAAAAACGUAAGAAAAAUAAAUAAACAAAUCAGAUUAGCCUUUUGUGUAACAUCAUUUUUCGGCAAUCAGAGAAGAAGAAGUUCAUCGCCAUGGGACAAGUUUUCGACAAGCUCCGAGGUAAGCAGUGGAGGCAGAAGCAGGUACAGGCGAUAUGUGAUCGGGUUUUUGAUCGGUUUAAGCUUCAAACCGGAAAAGCCAAUUUUACUUUUGAAGAGCUAUACAUCGCUGUGCUUCUCGUUUACAAUGACAUAAACAAGGGAUUGCCGGGUCCUCAUUUCGAUCCGCCUUUAAAGGAUUUAGUCAAAAGCAUGAUGACGGACUGCGAUAUUAACUUGGAUGGAGAAAUUGAUCGGGAGGAGUUCGUGAAGUUUGUUGAGCUGCUUACGGCUGACACAUUCGCAGUGGUGAGUCAGGGUUUGAUCAUAUCGUUGAUUGUGGCUCCGACUGUGGCUAUUGCGACAAAGAAGGCCACUGAAGGUGUCCCCGGAGUUGGAAAAGUAGUGCAGAAGCUGCCAACUUCAGUGUAUGCUUCUCUUGUGACUCUUGCAAUAGUGUGGGCGAAUUCUGAUACAAGUUAAGCUUCUUAGAUUUCAAAAGCUUGCUACCCAAAUAAAUGUGUUUAUACUCAACUGCUAGAACAAGUUCUUUGAGCACGAAAAUAUAGAAACAAUGCAAGUUUUGAUUGAAAUAGUAGUUUAUUUCAUAUUUGGAUGAUACUA